GGACUUGUUAAGGAAAUGAGUUUCCUUGUCUGUGUAUGUCAGUCGAGCGACGGUACGGUAUGGCGAGCUAAACCGUUAAACGAAAUCAAUCACAUCCAACAAUCUGCUUCGCGGUUUCGGGGUUUCGGUGUUUCACGAACGGAUGGACUCGAGCGCGCUUGUGAACGCGCGCUGCUUCGGCUAGAACCGGCCCCGCCUGUGUGAUUUCCCGAGUGUGUGUUGGUCCCGGUGGAGUGUGUGAGGAUGACGGCGGAGCUGCUGCUGUCUGACCUGGACAGUCGCUUCUGCGCGGACAACCUGCUGACCAGCGAGGACUGGGAUGCCUGUCUGUAUCAGUGUGAGGAUAUGGAGGAGGAUUUCAGUGGAGAACUGAAAUAUGACACAUCGCUGGACAGUGAACUUGUCCUGACGCUGGACCCCGAUAACCCCACGUCACCAUGGAAGAACCUGGGCAACAACCUCACAGGUGAAGUGUCAGUCAUGAAGGAUGAAAUGACAAUAACACAACCUGUGCCAGUGGACAUGUUUUUCCAGGUGAAGACUGAACCUCCGUCACCUGCGUCGUCUCUGACCUCUGACAGCUCCAUCCCAUCUUUACCUGAAGCUCAGGUGACGGUGAAGAGCGAGAACCCGCCCACUCCACCGUACAUGUACGGAGACGUGCUCUCGCCGCCGCUGGCCAGCGUGGAGGUGACCGUCGCCAGCGUCGUUCCACCGCAUCAGCCGCCCGUUCCUCUGGCCGUACAGCCGCACGCGCUCAGCAGCCUCGACGCGCAAACCACAGUGCUCUCCGCGGCAGCGACGCUGAAGGCCAGCAGCAUUCUGAGCAGCAAACCUCUGAUCCAGCCCAAACCCGUGUGUGUGGCCGCGCUGCCGGUGGCUCAGAGCCCCAGUCCGGCCAAAGCUCUCAUCCUGCAGAGCGUUCCCGUCCCCGUCCCACCCAUCGACCAGAACACCACUCCUGUGGUUCUGUCUCAGUCGAUGUGUCUGGGUUCUGCUCCUGCCAUUGUUAAAAUGGAGCCUUUGUCUCCCAGCAUGCCUCACUGCACUAGCCCCUCAGUCCCGGCCCCAAGCAAACCCAUCAUCCCAGCGUCCGCCCUGCCCGGAAACAGCUGCAACGACAUCGAUAUGAAGGUCCUGAAGAGGCAGCAGCGUAUGAUAAAGAACCGAGAAUCGGCCUGUCAGAGCCGCAAGAAGAAGAAGGAGUACCUGCAGAACCUGGAGGCGCAGCUGCGGGAGGCGCAGCAGGAGAACGAGCGCCUGCGCAAGGAGAACCAAGCGCUGCGGCUGCGGCUCGCCGGCAAAGAGGCGACUGAGUCUGGCAGCAACAAGAGAGCUCUGUGUGUGAUGGCUCUGUUCCUCUUCAUCACCUUCACCUUCGGCCCCGUCAGUCUCAAAGACAGGACGUUGGAAGCUGGGCUCGAGGAAGCGGCUGUGCCUCUGACAGGAAGACGUCUGCUGGAGUUCGAGAACUCGCAGGAGCUGAGCAGGAGACGAGCGAGCGAGAGAACCACGGAGGAGAAGAUGGACGGAGAGGAAGAAGAGCGCGGGAGGAAAGGAGAGCCGGACAAGAAAGCUGCGGUCUCGUAUCAGUUCAGGAAUCAGAGCGGCGUGUUCAGUGACGUGAAAGACCUGCUCCUGCAGGACAUAGACCGGUACUUCUCGUCCCCUGACUGCAGACAGUUCAACCGCUCCGAGUCCCUCAGGUUGGCGGAUGAGCUGCGCGGAUGGGUCCGUCGUCAUCAGAUCAACCGGAAGUCUGAUGGCAAGGCGAAGGUUGUAAAGAAGACUAAAAUAGCUCAGCAGAAGGCUCAGCACAGAAAGACGAACUUCUCCAGGUACCUUCCAAUUCAGGCUCAUCGUUCCAUCGAAAGUCAGCUGCAGGUGCUGCCCGGGCCAGAGAUCAGCUACAGCGAGUUUCUGGACGCUAUCGAUCGGCGCGAGGACACUUUCUACGUGGUCUCCUUCAGACGGGAUCACCUGCUGUUACCUGCCAUCAGCCACAAUAAAACCACUCGACCCAAAAUGUCUCUGGUCAUGCCUGCCAUGGCCCUCAACGAUUCGGUGUACAACUCGUCGCAGGGCGGCUAUGAAAUGAUGAUGCAGGUGGACUGUGAGGUGAUGGACACCCGGAUCAUCCCCAUCAAGUCCUCCGUAGUCCCUCCCUCUCUCAGAGACACGCCCCCCGCCCCGCCCCCUCACCAUCACCACGGCAACCACACCUCCCUCCGCAGCCGGCACCAGCACUUCCAGGGCGGCGGGGCGCCGUCGAGACGGAGGGGCGCGGGUUACUUCAUCAGCCAGAGCGGAUCCGACUGAGAGGCGGAACAGUGACGGGACUCUGCUUUGAUCUACAGCUGUAGUGUAAGGUACCUGUACUCUCAAAUCAACACUCAUCACAGAGGACACGUGCAGGACAGUUCCCAAUUGAUCAAUCCCAUAUAAGACACGGAGGUAUAUGUACGGUAAGGUGAAAUGACACAUGGUCCGUUGCACUUAAGCGGUUCGCGUAGGCUUUUCCGCGGUGGGCUGCGUGUGUGGCCUCGCGUUUCCUUCCCCUCCUGUACCAUCUGCUCUCUUUUUAUACAUGCCUUGUGCUCUUUUUCUUUCUUUUAUAAUUUUUUUUUUACAGAUUUUUAUUGAGAUUAUUUAAAAAACGAUGUGCUUCUAUUAGAUGUGUGUGAUAUAAAUAUUCAUUUGAAUAUAAGGAAUGAUGUUGUAUGUGUUCUCGUCCAUCACAGUGGCUCAUUUCUGCAUGUAUAUACUUGGCUCUGUCACAGGUUGGUCCAGUGUAAAGCUGCUGGUUUGCUGGUCUUUCUCAUUACAGCUUGUUUUUUUUUUUUUUCAUUUUCUCACUGAAUCUGAUGGCAGAGCUUGUGAUUGGUUUUGACAUAAACAACAGAUUUUGGGGUGUCACGGAAUCUUCUGCCGGUAAUGUUUUCCUUUGCAGGCGUCUCGUCUUAAAUGUGCUGCUGCUUUUGUCCCAAACCACUGACAGGACACGGUAAUCCUGGGAUUUUGUGAUACGUCGUCCUGUGCUGCCAACAUCUCCACUCAUGUUCCAUUGAACUCAAGUGACUGUUGUAAAUAAUUUCUACAAUCCAAAACGGGUUUGUGUCGCAGUCAGACGCGUUUUGAUUAGUGAACGAGUUCUGAUUUUGACAGAAGCGCUCUACCAGCCGCCCGUCAUCCCGCUCCGACGGCCGACAUCUCUCUGUUCAGCUCUCUUGUGUUCAAAAGCAAAGGGAGAAGACCCGUGGCCGGAUGUACAUUUUCGUUGUAGAGACUUUUACAGAAGUGGUUUUCUUUCUGUGAAUUUGUUUAUCUUCUGAAGGAAGAUAUUUUCACGUUUUCCUGUCGUCUGUGAUCUUCACGGCUUGUUUUCAGAUCUAGCACAGUCCGUCUGUGAUGAUGAUGAUGAUGAUGAUUUAUGCGUCUGAAACUGUCCCACGAUGAACUGCUCUAGCAUGCUUCUGUUAUCUGUGAUGGAGGGAUGUUGUAUGUAAAUGUAAACCUGCUUUUUUACUUUAUUUAAAUGAGCUUUCGUAAGGAAAACACUUUACAUUUUCUCUUCCUGUCUGUAUGAGAAUUUUGAACUACUGUCUUCAUUUGUAGAGGAGGAAAUAAAUUUGAUAAAUACUGUGGA